AUAUAACACAAUUAAAAUAUUAAAAGUUAUGAAAGUAUCAUUUUCAUAAUAAAAUAUUAGUUACAUUGAAUUGCGUCUUGAAAUUGGAACGUGCAUAAGCGAGGAAAAGCCGGCAUUAAGAGUAUCGUGUAAUGAAUUUAUAAUAUAAAAGUUUAAUAAACGAAAUCAUAAUUUUUUCGAAUUAUUUCAAUUAACAAAAUAAUUAAAUAAUAUAACAAAAAAAAAUGAAACUUUUAACGCAUAAUAUGUUAACUUCAAAAUGCUUAAAAGGUGUAACUGUUGGAUAUCCCCUUGGAAUUGUUGCAAAAGAUAUUAAAGUCUCAGAAGUAGAUUUCAAUUCAGAAUUUAUUGCAAGAAUAAUUCCAAAACUUGAUUGGGCUACACUUUGGAAAGCUGCAGAAAGUAUAGGACACGUUGGAGAAUUACCGCAGACUUUGAUUCAAGAUUUUGAAACAAAUGAGGAAUUUUUAAAAAAAGUUCAUCAUGUAUUACUUGAAGUUGAAAUCAUUAAUGGAGAUCUAUUAUGCCCAGAAUCUGGUAGGAAAUUUCCAAUCAAUGAUGGUAUACCAAAUAUGCUUUUAAACGAAGAUGAAGUUUAAUAAUUAAUAUU